CAGAGCUGGUCCCUGCCCUGCCCCUACCCGCAGCCGCGCGAGUGGAACCGCAUCCCGCUCUUUCGUUUUCGUUUCCCGGAAGGAAAGCGAUUACUGGAGAGCCUCGGCGCGCCUGCCCGCCUAGGGAAGACCCGGGUGCACACGCCUUGGCGCUCCCCGAAAGAGAUUUCCUCCCACACAUCCUUCCAGUUCUUGGAGCCAGGUUAGGGGUUUAGGGUAGGAGGACUCGGGAGCACAGUCUUAGGGCCCCAGCAGCCACAGCCGGGAGAGCGCUCGCAACAGAAAACCGGUGGCUUCCUCAUCUCUACCUGUAAUGCAGGAGGGAGAAUCGGCCGGUUCUCCUAUAAGCCCUGUGGCAGUCAUGCCUCCCCUAGGCACCCACGUCCAAGCCAGAUGUAAAGCUCAAAUGGAGCUGCCGGGUGAAGCGGGUAUCUGCAAGCUGCCAGGAAGACUCCGCAUCCAGCCCGCACUGUGGAGCAGGGAGGAUGUGCUGCACUGGCUGCGUUGGGCAGAGCGGGAGUACUCUCUGCCAUGCACUGCAGAGCACGGGUUCGAGAUGAACGGACGCGCCCUCUGCAUCCUCACCAAGGACGACUUCCGGCACCGCGCGCCCAGCUCAGGCGACGUCCUGUACGAACUGCUCCAGUACAUCAAGACCCAGAGGCAAGCCCUGGUGUGUGGGCCCUUUUUUGGAGGGGACUUCAGGCUGCAGAUGCCCACCCAGCACUCUCCUGUCCCCCCGGAAGAGGUGACUGGCGCCUCUCCGAUGGACCCCCAAAGUGGCCUCCUGCUGCAGCCACCAGACUCAGGCCUUAUCAGCUCCUUCAGCCACCCAGAUGGCCCUGGCCUGGCCAGGUGGCAGCUUGGCAAGGAGGAGUCCCUCAACUUAUGUCACUGUGCAGAGCUCGGCUGCAGGACCCAGGGGGUCUGUUCCUUCCCUGUGAUGCCACAGGCUCCCAUUGAUGGCAGGAUUGCUGACUGCCGGCUGCUAUGGGAUUAUGUGUAUCAGCUGCUCCUUGACACCCGAUAUGAGCCCUAUAUCAGGUGGGAAGACAAGGACGCCAAGAUCUUCCGAGUUGUGGAUCCAAAUGGGCUCGCCAGACUGUGGGGAAAUCACAAGAACCGGGUGAACAUGACCUACGAGAAGAUGUCUCGUGCCCUGCGCCACUAUUAUAAGCUGAAUAUCAUUAAGAAGGAACCGGGUCAGAAACUUCUGUUUAGAAAUGGACAAGCUCAUCUUCAUAUUCAUAUGGCAUUGCCAGUGACCCUAACUAGCCAAAACAGUCUUGUAAAGAAAAACAAAGUUGGAGGGCCCACAUUUCCCAAUUCCGAAACUUGCUGCAAAGCAACGGUACUCAAAACAGAUUGGUACUGGCAUAAGGAUAUAGAUUAAGAACAGUUUUUUCAACAAAUGGUGUUGGGACAAUGGGUGUCCACAUGCAAAAGAAUAAAUUUAUCCUCUUACCUUACACCAUAUGCAAAAAUGAACUCAAAAUACGUCAAAGACAUAAACAUAAGAGCUAAAACUAUAAAACUUCUAGAAGAAAACAUAGAAGUAAAUCUUUAUAACCUUGGAUUAGGCCAUGACUUCUUAAACGUAACACCAAAAGCAUAAGUAAUAAAAUUUAAAAAUAGAUAAACUGAACUUCACCAAAAUUAAAGCCUUUGUGCUUCAUAGGACACCGUCAAGAAAGUAAAAGAAAUCAUCCACAGGAUGGGAGAAAAUAUCUCCAAAUUAUAUAUCUGAUAAGAGAAUUGUAUCCAGGAUUGAGAAAGAAUUCCUACAACUCAAUAAUAAAAAGACAA